AUGGCCGAGAGCAAGCAAAUGAAGAAUCACAGUCGUCACGGUUACAAAGGUCUAAACACAAACACACAAAUUUCGACAUCAACAGCUUCGCACGGUCAUACAUUUGAAUCGGGAAAAAGCGGAAUUAGUAGAGAAACUGGUUUACCUCUUGGGAAUGUGAAUUUCAAAGUAAACACUCGAAGAGCUGCUGAAGACGAGAUAAAUGCAAUAACUCCACACGACUCUCAUCACAGGACUGAGUCCUCUUGUUCAAACUCUUUGUCCGUCAACUUUCCUUUUUCAUUUCAGAAUCGCGAGCAGCAAGCUGGAGUCCCCGGAAAAUAUUCCGUCUAUUCUGAUACUUCAGAUAAUGUACAUGAGAAUCUUCCAACUCAUUCGGGAGAAACAAUGAUUUUGAUGAAUCAUGAGGGAUUAUUGAGGGAAGGUGGCGAAAACACAUGGAACCCGAAAUGCAAAUACGAAUCUUCCGAGUCCUCGAUAGCAAAAGUUGCUGAAUUUGAUCUGAAUGAAGAUAUCAUCAAUGAAAAUGGAAUAGGGGGGGAUUUUAUUCAGCCUGUGUUUCAUGGUGUGAUACGUGUUGUGGCGAAAACAGGAGUGCUUAGUGGACAGUCCCCGUUUCCUUUGGAGUUUCGAGGCAGGCUGGGAUGGACGGGCCCCAGCAAGACGAGCGCUUUUUGGCCUUUUUCUACUUCGAGAAGCUCAAACGGAGAAAAACACCAGUUUUGCUUUUCUGGGUUCGACUUAAAUGUUGCUGCUGUCGAAGAUGAUGUCAUGGGGAAAAUAUUAGCUAGCCCACGCGUGAAUUCACAAGAUUCUUGUCCAGCUGUCGAUUUAAAACGAUCAUCGAAUCCCUGUAUCGAUCUGAAUCAAAUUUUCGAUGCGAGUGAUGAGUUAACUCUACCUUCACUUGAAAAUCCACAUUUGUUAGACUUGAACUUGAAUGAUAACACAAGCAGGACUUCAGAUCCCAUGAAAUCUGGAUAUCAAGAUUUUAUUCCUAUCAGACGUGAUUAUCAUCCGCCGGUUUCGAGUCCCAUGCAGCAUUUGGCCAGUUACGGUUCGUUGCAGCCAAAGUUUCCAGCUUUAUUACACCCUUUACCUCCUCAUCAAGCUUACCCUUACAAAGUUCCGCUACAAAUUGGUACGGCUCAAUAUCUUGGAUAUCAUCCUCAACAACACAACUUGUUGCCGGGAUUGUACAAUCCUGGCUGCCCCGUUAAUCCUGUGUUUGGUAACUUGUCGACAAGUGUGAUUAAAGCGGACGAGAGCAGACCAUUCUUGUUUCUCGCUGACAAGCUUCCGUACAGUGAACGUUUACACAAUGACGAUUGGGUUUUGACGUCUAAGAAAAGGAAGGAAACUGAGGGAGGAUUCGAAUGUUUUACGAGCUUUGCCACAAACCGGUGA